GUUAAACCAUCAGAAUGAUUACAACUUUGUCACCAGAGAGAAGAUGCAAGAGGGAAUCGACAAGGGUGAAUUCAUUGAGAAUGCAGAGUUUUCUGGGAACAUGUAUGGAACCAGCAAAUCAUCCAUAGAAGACGUUCAGGCACAAAACCUCAUCUGCAUCUUGGAUGUUGACAUACAAGGAGUGAAAAACAUUAAAAAGACUGAUCUGAACCCCAUAUAUAUCUCCAUCCAGCCUCCUUCAAUGGAGAUCCUGGAAAAGCGUCUGAGAGACAGACAAACCGAGACAGAGGAGAGUCUACAGAAGCGUCUGGAGGCAGCGAGGAUUGACAUGGAGCUCAGUAAGGAACCUGGGGUUUUUGAUAUGGUAAUCAUUAAUGAUGAUUUGGAAGAAGCCUAUGAGAAACUCAAAAGUGUUCUUAUUGAGGAAAUUGAGAAGGUGCAAGAUGCCGAGAAAUAGGAAAGAAUAAACGGCACUUUUGACCUUUCUGCCCGACAACACAAGAUAUGAAGCCUUUUUUCCAGCCUUGUACGGUGCAAUCAUGCAAUCAAGACAGGUGCUGUGUUCAAAGGAGUGUGCAAUAGAGCUUUUCUCUGUGGGUGAGAGAAAAUCUGUGCAUGUAUGUUAAAAACAUCUCAAUCUCGUUGAAGACACUUCUCUAUUAACUCUCUCAAGCAUGUUUGCACCUUGAAUUAUGAAGGGAGAAAACUGUAAUAAAAACGAGUUCAGUAAGCUAUUAUUGAUGACAAUAGUUUGUUUAUCACCAGCAUGUUAGUGCUAUAGUAGAGAAAUGAUUGUUUUUUAAUAUGUAUGAUCUUUGUAGAGAGCUACGCUAUACAGCUCGUUUGAUUCUCAGGUAGCCUUCAACGGGUUUGAAUGUACAGUACUCACCUGAAUGGUUAGUUUGGGUUGCACCUACGUUUCUAAAUUUGUGUUGAAUAUAAAAUUAUGUCAUUUUGGGUUAGCUGAAAUAAAAUAAAAUGAAACUACAGCCACACUAAAGAAUUUCUCCAUUAUC